CCACCACCGCCACCAUCACCACCACCACCAUCACCACCCUCACCACCACCACCAUCAUCACCACCAGCACCACCAGCACCACCACCCUCACCACCACGACCACCACCAUCACCGGCAGCAGCUGAAGGCCUGGCGAGGCGCGCGUUGCUGCGAGAAGCCCUUCACCGACCCCGAGAGCGCUCAGAAGUGGCGCCUGUCCCUGGCUGCGUUGCUGUUCUUCACAGUGCUGCUAUCUGAUCACCUUUGGCUCUGUGCGGAGGCUACUCGGCCCCUGGACACCACCAGCAGCAGCAGCAGCAACAGCAGCAGCAGUAGCAGCUGUCUCGAAGGUCCCACGAGCAGCGAGCAGAGUCGAGUCCGCGUGGCCCAUCGCCUCAUCCGCAACGACUCCCUGGCCGACGACGACUCCGACUCGGUCACGGCGGCCGCAGCCGCAGCCGCCGCAGCCGCCGCCGCCUGGGGCGCGACGUCUCCGGCAGGGGCGCUUCUAGGCGAGAGCCUAGGCUCCGAGACGGAUUUAGGCCCAGGGUCUGAGUGGAGCGUUGCAAUCGCUGGCGCCUGUGGAACUGCAACGCCUGCGGCGGCGUCGGACAGAGACGCCGCGCUGCGAAAGACGAUGCCGUUCUGUAGCCGCUACACCCUGGGAGACGCGGUGGCCGCGUACUCCCCGCGAGCGGAGGCCGAAGCCUGGCGCUGUCCUGGAGCGGCCGCCGGGAAAGGGGCGACGGAGGCGGCGGCGGCGGCGGGGGCGGCGGGGGGGUCGUGCCGCGCGUGCCUCGCGGAGUUUGUGCGCAGGGACGUGGAGGCGCGGGGCAAGCACCGCGAGUUCGAGGAGAUGAUGGCCAAGUACGUGCCGAGGGGCUCUCUGCCCGGGUGGACGCCGCGGUGCAAGAGCGAGUACCGGCGCUGGCUGUGCGCGGAGCUCCUGGCGGUGUCUCAGAGCGGCUGUACGGCGCCCCGGCCCUGCCGCCUGUACUGCUUCUCAGUCCUAGGCGCCUGUCCCUUCAUCCUGCCGGACAGUGACGACCACCUGCACGGCGGCCUGCCGGGGUUCCUGUGCCCCAAUUUCCCCGGGCGGGGCAGCCCCACUUCGUCGACCCACGAGCCGCUCUGCUGCGAUUGGUGGCCGGACUCCGGCCCCGCCCCCGCCACGCCCACCCAGGGGCAGCAGCAGCAACAGCAGCAGCGGCGGCGGGGGCAAGCGGCGACGGGGGCGUCGGAGGAGGAGGAUGUCUCUUCGUCGUCAUCCUCCCCCACCUCCUCAGCAUCCUCAGCAUCCUCCCCCACCUCCUCCUCCUCCUCGUCCUCGUCGCGGGCGCGCCGCCCCUGCUGCUCCAGCCGCCUGCGGCUCUGCGCCCUGGUGCUGGCGCUGCUUCACGCCGUGGUGACCGUGGCGGCGCUGGGCCACGCGCCGGGCCCCGGCGCGUGGCCCAGCGCCGCGGACGCGGGGGCCCCCACGCACGGCCCGGGGGCCCCCGCCUCCCCGCCGCACCGCCGUGGCCCCUCCCCCGAGGACAGCGAGCCGCUCUGACGUCACUUCCUGUGCAGGAGGGGUGGCGGCCGUGACGUCACUUCCUGUGCAGGAAAGGAACGGGGCGGGGUGGCGGGUGAUGGCGGCGUUGGGCGGCUCGGAUGUCGCUUCCCGUGCGGGGGGAGUGUGCGAGCGGCUGUGACGUGUCGCUUCUCGUGGAGCGGCUCCGGCCGCCGCCAUGUCGCUUGCCGCGGCCGGCGUGUUGGACGUCGCCUCCUUCGCCGCCAAAAAAGGGACGGAGAAUCCGCUCCGCUCGGGAAUUCCGCACCAUCCCCACCCCCGGCUCCCCCACCCCGCGACAUCACUUCCUGUCCGGACCGGCGACAUCACUUCCUGUCUGGACGAUGACGACGUCGCUUCCCGCCCGAACGGCACAAAACCUUCGCCCACUAACCCAUCCCCCCCCCCCCACUUCUCUGCCCCCCCCCGCCCUCCCCACCCCAUGCCCCGCCCCCCUCCCUCCUUGUGACGUCACUUCCUGCCGCCACGGAGGUGCCGUCGACGUCACUUCCUGCCGCCACUUCCUGCCGCCACUUCCUGCGGACGCCAUUUUGUUGUCGUCGUGCGAAUGCCAAAAAAAAAGGCGACGAGUGGCCGGGCGGAGGUGGGGGGGUGGG